GCGGCGACGGGCGCGCGCGCGGUGCUCGCUGCCCCCACGCCGCUCUCUUCGCUCGGAUCGCUGCGCCUCCCGCUCCCCGCACCGCUCCACGCGGGACCCGCGGAAUCGGAGGCGGCGGCCGUGGUCGGUGGGCUCUUGCAGGUGCAGCGGUCGAGGCAGCGGCGCGCGGGGAGCAGAGCGGAACCCGGCAAGUCCUCGGGAGGCGAUGUGGCCGGGCGCGGGCCCCUGCGUAAGGCGGACGCCGCGACAGGCCGGCCGGUGAGGCGCCGCUUGGGGGAGGCCGCGACGGAGCUCCCGGACCCGCCAUGGGCUGAGACACGUCCUUGCCGAGCAGAACAUGCCCGGGUGACUCUCUCCCAGAUCUUCCUAGUGGCCUUCCUCGCCCUUCCCAGUGACACUAUGCAACCCCAGCGUGACCCUCGAGGCCUCUGGCUCCUGCUGCUGUCCUUGUUCCUGCUCCUCUUUGAGGUGGCCAGGGCCGGCCGGCCGGUGGUUAGCUGCCCUGCCGCCUGCCUGUGUGCCAGCAACAUCCUCAGUUGCUCCAAGCAGCAGCUGCCCAACGUGCCCCACUCGUUGCCCAGCUACACCGCACUGUUAGACCUCAGCCACAACAACCUGAGCCGCCUGCGGGCCGAGUGGACCCCCACACGCCUGAUCCACCUGCAGUCCCUGCUGCUGAGCCACAACCACCUGAACUUCAUCUCCUCCGAGGCCUUUUCCCCAGUCCCCAACCUGCGCUACCUGGACCUGUCCUCCAACCAGCUGCGUACACUGGACGAGUUCCUGUUCAGUGAGUUGCAGGCGCUAGAGGUGCUUCUGCUCUACAACAACCACAUCGUGGCGGUGGACCGCUGCGCCUUCGAUGACAUGGCCCAGCUGCAGAAGCUCUACCUGAGCCAGAACCAGAUCUCCCGCUUCCCCCUGGAACUGGUCAAGGAAGGAGCCAAGCUACCCAAGCUCACCCUCCUGGAUCUCUCGUCCAAUAAGCUGAAGAACUUACCGCUGCCCGACCUGCAGAAGCUGCCCGCGUGGAUCAAGAACGGGCUGUACCUACAUAACAACCCCCUGCACUGCGACUGUGAGCUCUACCAGCUCUUUUCCCACUGGCAGUACCGGCAGCUGAGCUCCGUGGUGGACUUCCAGGAGGACCUGUACUGCAUGAGCUCCAAGAAGCUGCACAACGUCUUCAACCUGAGCUUCCUCAAUUGCAGCGAGUACAAGGAGCGCGCCUGGGAGGCCCACCUGGGAGACACCUUGACCAUCAAGUGCGACACCAAGCAGCAGGGGAUGACCAAGGUGUGGGUGACGCCUAGCAACGAACGGGUGCUCGAUGAGGUGGCCAACGGCACGGUGACGGUGUCCGAGGAUGGCAGUCUGCAUUUCCAGCAGGUGCGGGUUGAGGAUGCGGGUGUGUAUACCUGCUACGCCAUGGGGGAGGCUUUCAACGAGACCCUGUCUGUGGAGUUGAAAGUGUACAAUUUCACCUUGCACGGCCACCAUGACACCCUCAACACAGCCUAUACGACCCUCGUGGGUUGCAUCCUCAGUGUGGUCCUGGUCCUCAUAUACCUGUACCUUACCCCUUGCCGAUGCUGGUGCCGGGGAGUCGAGAAACCGUCCAGCCAUCAAGGAGACAGCCUCAGCUCAUCCAUGCUUAGCACCACACCCAACCACGAUCCUAUGGCUGGCGGGGACAAGGAUGAUGGUUUUGACCGUCGGGUGGCCUUCCUGGAGCCUGCUGGUCCCGGGCAGGGCCAAAACGGCAAGCUCAAGCCAGGCAACACCCUGCCAGUGCCCGAGGCAACCGGCAAGGGCCAGCGGAGGAUGUCGGAUCCGGAGUCGGUCAGCUCGGUCUUCUCUGAUACACCCAUUGUGGUGUGAGCAGGAUGGGUUGGUGGGGAGAUUCUGCCCCAGGAGAGGUAAUGCACCCCUGAAGGAUAUGAGGGGAUGGAAGAGCGGGCUGGCUGCCCAAGGGAGUGGGUUCCCCCCCCGACCUCCAGGGAACUGGUCACGGGUACAACAGCUGGCAAGUCCUCAACCAGGGUGUGGUUGCCACGAUUUCCAAAUAGGGAUAUAUUAAUCCUCAGGCAAGUGCUACACCCUUACCCCCCAAGCCCUGGGAAUUCUCUGUGCGGUGGAGGAAGAGGAGCAUGUCUGAGUUGGGUGGGAAUGAGGAAGGGGUGGGGGGAAGAGCAGAUACCCUAAACUUUUUCGAGGUCAUCCUUAGCUCCUUAAGAGAAAAUCAUCUGGGGGAAAAAAAUUUUUUUUCUAUCUCUGCCCACCCACACCUGUGAUGUUGUGUGUGUUGGGGGGCGGAUCUUCCACAGGAGCCGCACUGGGAAGAGCUGGGGUGUCUUCUUUGGCCAGGAAGUCACACUUCACAGCUGGGGAAAUUGGAAACCUUUGGAAAAAUGAGUCAGGAAAAGGCUGAGACCUCAAUCAGUAACGCUCCCCAAAGCUGUUGUGAUUUCGCACUAAUGCCUCUCUUUCCCGAUGAGUCCUGGACGGACGUAUCUUUGCGGGAGCCUGGCCUAUUGCCUAUGAGGUACAGCAACAACGUGAGACGUGGUCUCUGUGCCAGGCCCUGGAACCAGGGGCACAGAGGGAUACAGCUUGACCUGAGGGGUCUGUAUCAUGGCAUGGGUGCCGGCACAAAACUCGUAGAUGGGGCAUAAACUCCAGGUUUGCUAAUUCUCUGGUUGGUGAAACCCUUGGUUAGCACUUGGUUCCCAGCACCUGUGUGUUAGACCAGGGUGGGGGCUGCUGAAGGCAGAGAUUUUAUGCAUGCCUGCCACAGACCUGGGAAGGGGGGCCACUUCAACCCUAGGAGGAGGAGGAGAGUAAAGCAGCCUCCGUUACGUAGCAUUCAGCUGGGCCUACCUGGUUUCCUGAUGCCAUCUUUUCUCUCAGUGUCCUUAGCAAGCUCAGGUGGGAUUGAGUUUUCCCUAAUAUGCUGCUCUGCCAGUGGAGGAAGCCUGGAGAGUCUGGCUCGAAGCUGCGUGAGGCUGGUCCUGGGGAUGGAGGGGACUAGUUAUGGAUCUCUAUGUUGAGAAAGCAGGCUUGGUCCUCUCUUAGAUCUCAUCCUGCUGCAAAGCCAAAGCAUGGGAUUUCAUCACCCGGGGA